UCGAAACGUCAAGUGCGUGUACGUAAGCGAAAAAUCCAGGUUCCAGAAAAAGGCCAGAUUUGGAGAGGCCACCGGAUAAACCCGCAUCGGACGGAGGUUUUAGAAAGGAAACAAAAUCAAGUUCAGCGCCAAAAUGAUGGAGAAGCUGGCCAGUGGAAUCUUUUGCUGUUGUUCUUCGGUGGUCCUCGGAUUCUGGUCCAAAGUGUCGAAUUAUCAUUCGAGCUUCCCGACAACGCGAGGGAAUGUUUUUACGAGGAAAUCAAAAAGAACCAAACGGCGACGUUAGAGUACCAGGUUGUAACCGGAGGGCAGUACGACGUGGACGUGGUGUUGGAAGGUCCAACCAAAGAGAUUCUUUACCGACAGAUCAAAACGCAGUUUGAUUCGCAUCAGUUUACUGCUCAGGCGACCGGUGUAUACGCGGCAUGUUUCUCAAACGAGUUUUCGACUUUCUCACACAAGCUGAUCUACAUGGACUUCCAAGUUGGAGACGAACAGCCACUGCCCGGAAUUGACGAGCAUGCCACCGUAUUGACACAGCUUGAGGCUUCAUCACAGGAAAUUCACAAGAGUCUGAACGCGAUUUUAGACUACCAGACCCAUCAUCGGCUGCGGGAAGCUCAGGGUCGUAAGCGAGCAGAAGAUCUAAACGAACGCGUUCUGUGGUGGUCCCUCACCGAGACUAUUGCAGUGCUGACGAUAGCAGUUGGCCAGGUAAUAAUUUUAAGGAACUUUUUCUCGGAGAAAAAACCGAGCCAGAUGAAUUACCAGCAAGUUAAGUAAACGGGAAAAGUUCUGUAUCUUUUUUCAUAAGCGCACCGCUACUUACUUGGUAGGAUUCGAUCGACAAUUAAGUAAUAUUAGACCAAGUCUUUGAAUGUACAACACGCUACACUAAAUAUAAAUUUAAAAAGCGGGCGAAGUCACGGUGCGCAAUAUCUCA